AGCAGGCUUUCAUAUAGGGUGAGAUAGAAAUUGAAAUGGUCAGAAGAAGCCAUGAACCGUUCACGUUCCUGCACGGUACCUAUUUGUUGUGAAGAUUCACAAACCAUGGAUGAGCUGAGGAUCGUUUUGUUUGGCCGGCAAGAUGUCCAUAAAGAGAAACUGAAAGAAGUCUUGACCAACAAAGAACUCUUCACCUCAAAGGAUUCUUCUAAUGUGGUUGUUGUAAAUACUCCAGAUCUGUUCAAAAGAGAAGAAGAACUAGAUGAUGUGCUGGAAAAGAUCAAGCGUUCCCUCAAACAAGUCAAACCUGGUCCUCAUGUCUUCUUGUUUGUGGAGAGGUUUGACGAGAUGGAACAAGAGAAAACAAAGGCACUGAGUAUUUUUGUGGACACUUUUGGUGAACAGGCAUUAGACUUCACUAUGAUGGUGUUCACCACUGAUGAUCAAGAAGAAGAUGAAGCUGCCAUGAUGGGAAAUUUGGACCAGUUUUCCCUCAGAAAAUUAACCAGGCAUGUUGAUGAUAGAUACUUUAUUUUUAACGUUGCUGACAUUGAACAUCAGCAGCCUCAAGUCACUGAGCUGCAGAAGAAGAUGAAACAGAUGAGGAAGAACUGUUAUCUUUUCUACUCCCAGGGGAUGCUCGAGCAGGCUGAAAAAGCUCUGGGAAAAAAAGAGAAAGAAGCAUCAACAACAGAAGCAGAGUGGCGCUCUUUUUAUGACCGGUGUGGCGUGAUUGGAACAGCUGUUGGAACUGCAAUAGGAUAUGUUGUUGGUUGCCGUGGUGAACUGACAUCUACAACAGGAGCUGCAAUUGGAGGUGUAGCUGGUAUGAUCCUGUUUAUGGCAACAGCGUUUUUGGUGGUACUUGCUAAAUUUAAAAUUAAAAAGAAAUUCACCUAGAUUUCAUCAUCAUCACUGGGUUUGAUUGGUUUUUUUCUUUAAGCUGAUUACCAAAUUUAUAAAUCUAGAAAACUAUUAGUCGGAAAUCAUCAUGGGUCAGUCAUUUUAUUUUUCAGCAGAUCGAGAACCGGCUACGGUGUUUGCAUCUGCUGCUGACAUCUCAGAGCUCGAUGCUACGAGAUACCAGCAAGAGCUAAAUGACUGGAGGCUCUGAGCCUCUACGCUGUCACUGUGGGAUCCCACCACCACCCCACCAAAUGGAAACCUUUGCCACAUGAACACAUCAUCAUUGUACAUUAUUAUAUACAACUGAACAUUCACCAGGUCACCAGAGUUUAGGGUUCAGGUUUUGUAUGAGCCACAUGUUAAUAAAAAACUAGAUGUUAGAUUCAGGUGAUGUUUCUAAUAUUUUGGCUUUACGAUGUUUCCUCUUGUGGGUCUGAAACAACUGAAACAGGAUAAAAACAGGUGAAGCCCAACUCUGGAUCUGCUGCAGUGACCUGUUGGAUGUUAAGUGAACUUUUAUCUUCAUUAACCUGUGACUGCUUUCACAUCCAGUGGUGAUCUGUGAGAUAACACACAGUAAUGUCUUUAAAUGUCUUUUUGUGUGUUGGACAGAUCGAUAAUCUAUCAGUUUGAUCAGGUUAGAUCCUGCUGGCCGUCACAGACUCUGUUCUACAUUCAUACAGUUUGUUCUCAUUUUAAAGGAUUUUUGGGUUUCAGGGUUUUCUUGUGUUUGUUCUCCUGGAUAAACUCCAUGUUCUCACUUUAGGAGUUUCUACAGGACUGUUUCCUGAUACAAAUGCAAAUGUGUGCUUCAGCUUCAGUGCAGACGGUUUUCACAUGUUUGUGGAUGGAAACACUUCGGUGUCUUAAACCUGCAGAUAGAUAUAUAUGAUAUAUAUUGUUUUCGUGCCUGAACUUGUAUAGAAAUAUAUAAUCCAUUACCUAUACUCUAAUAUGUAAUAUGCACUCUUAUGGCAAUGCUAAUUUUACUCAUACUGCGGUCGCUCGCUAUAACACGGUUCACCUUUCACGGCCUCGCUGUUUCGCUGAUUU